GAAGAGGGGAGGUUGACCCCCGUAUUGGGGUGGGAGGUUUGAGGGGGCUCCACCCCUUCGGGGCUCAAAUUCCAAAUUGGGGGGUGGAGGUUAUGCUGCUCUAAGCCCCACCUUCUUAUUUGGAGGAAAUUUCAGCUACCCGUUUGGCCAGGCCGACAGAGGGGAAGAGGUCUUGACCCCUCCAUAGUAGGGGGGGUCGAGGAAGAAUUUCCUUGCAGGUCCGCAAUAGGCGGUAUGGGAGGUUAUACACAACGAAGGGAGGGGGCAAAACCUCCUGUUGGGGGAAGGGGUGCACGAACCUUGCCCUAUGCGAGGGUAAAAAGGGGCAUCAACCCUAACAAGUGAAAAGGAGGAUAGUUGUGACAGGAUUUGCAGCCUGUGGCUGAACAAGCAAAGAUAUCAGCCAACAACUGCUUUUUUAAAAUGCUCAAAACAGACUUCACCGAGAUUGGAGAAGCAGGCUUUGGUGUCGCGAACAGCCGGAGAGCUCACAAUAUAUAUCAAACCCGUGUCGUUGGACAGGGAAGCCUGAGAGGGCUCAGAUAGAGAAACAAAAAAGGUGUUUUAUGUUGCAUUGCCUUUUUCUGAUGAAGAUCUAUAAGUUGUGAUUAAAUUCUUGAGAAACACUUAAAGAGCCUAUUGACUGAAAUGGGGGUGUUCCAGUCUCUGGUCAUUGCGUUACGAGAAUAUUUAAAUAUGAAUCGGUUAAAGCGGAGGAGCUUUAUGUAAGACAUGGAUAGAUGCAAACAUGUUGGGCGGCUACGACUUGCCCAGGACCAUUCUAUACUGAAUCCCCAGAAGUGGCACUGCAUGGAGUGCAACACCACGGAAUCCAUUUGGGCUUGCCUAAAAUGCUCCCAUGUUGCCUGUGGAAGAUAUAUUGAGGACCAUGCACUUAAACACUUUGAAGAGACCAGGCAUCCUUUGGCAAUGGAAGUAAAUGAUCUCUAUGUGUUUUGUUACCUUUGUGAAGAUUAUGUGUUGAAUGAUAAUCCCGAGGGUGACUUGAAAUUAUUAAGAAGUUCUCUUUCAGCAAUUAAAAGUCAGAAGCAUGAUCCAUCUGCUCGAAGUAGUAGGAUGCUACGGUCAAUGGCUUUGGGGGAUGAUGUUUGCAGCCAUCAGAGGGCCCCUCAGGGACAGCCUCAGAUGCUUACAGCUCUCUGGUACAGACGGCAAUCAUUGCUAGCAAAAGCAUUGCGGACGUGGUUUGAUAAAAGUUCUAGAGGCCAGCAGAAACUUGAACAAAAGAAGCAAAUGGAAGAACUAGAGAAGAAGAAGGAGGUGGCCAGACAGCGUCGUCAAGAGAUGAAGCGGAGGUUGUUGGAGGAACUGGCAAACACCCCUCCAAGAAAAAGUGCUAGGCUUUUGUCACAUAUUCGCAGAGAGAAUCUGAUUCCUCGGAAGUUCAGAGAUAUGGAAACAAGUUCCCCUACCUCAAGGAGAGUGCAAAGUAGCAAAUUCAAGCAGUUUUAUUCCAUCCGACGUAAGCCUCUCAUGACUCCUGGUGUGACUGGACUAAAGAAUCUAGGAAAUACAUGCUACAUGAACUCUAUCCUUCAAGUAUUAAGUCACCUUCAGAAGUUCAGAGAAUGUUUCUUGACAUUGGAUCUUUGUGAAACUGAAGAACUUUUAGCUAAGACCGUGAAUGGAAAGUCUAGAAUGUCUGGAAAGCUGGUCAAUGGGCCUGCUCCUACUGAGUCAGGGAGGAAUGAUCAACUGAGUUCAUAUGGCAGGCAGAGCCUGCCAGCUGGCUUAAAUGGCGGGUCCUCAAUAAGCAAAAGUUUAGAACUAAUACAGCCUAAGGAGCCAAGUUCAAAGCACAUUUCUCUCUGUCAUGAACUGCACACGCUCUUCAGAGUAAUGUGGUCUGGGAAGUGGGCUUCAGUAUCUCCUUUUGCCAUGUUGCAUUCUGUGUGGAGUCUGAUUCCAGCAUUUCGAGGUUAUGACCAGCAAGAUGCUCAGGAAUUUCUCUGUGAAUUAUUGGACAAAGUGCAGCAGGAGCUGGAAUCUGAAGGAACAAAACGCAGGAUCCUCAUCCCUUUUUCACAGAGGAAGCUCACCAAGCAGGUCCUGAAGGUGGUAAACACCAUUUUUCAUGGGCAGCUACUCAGUCAGGUAACCUGUAUAACAUGUAACUAUAAAUCCAAUACUGUGGAACCUUUCUGGGAUCUUUCCUUGGAAUUUCCUGAACGUUAUCACUCCAUCAACAAAGGGAUUAUGCCUGUGAAUCAGACAGAGUGCAUGCUGACUGAAAUGUUGGCCAAAUUCACAGAAACAGAAGCUUUGGAAGGGAGGAUUUAUGCGUGCGACCAGUGCAACAAUUGUCCUAAGAGUGACCUCACUUUUCCAGUUGUUUCUGAGGAUCUGGGUGCUUUGGAACAUAGAAAAAGUGUUAUCCAUCUCCUUUGUAAACGACGGAAGUCUUCUCCCAAACCUCUUAUUCUAAGUGAAGCUAAAAAACAGUUAAUGAUCUACAGACUACCUCAGGUCCUUCGGCUGCACCUUAAACGAUUCAGGUGGUCUGGACGUAAUCACCGUGAGAAGAUUGGGGUCCAUGUCCUCUUUGACCAGGUAUUAAACAUGGAACCUUACUGCUGCAGGGACACUCUCUCCUCUCUUGACAAAGAGACCUUUGUCUAUGACCUAUCGGCUGUGGUGAUGCAUCACGGGAAAGGGUUUGGCUCAGGACAUUACACGGCAUAUUGCUACAACACAGAGGGAGGGUUUUGGGUCCACUGCAAUGAUUCCAAACUGAAUGUAUGUAGUGUGGAGGAGGUAUGCAAAACCCAGGCCUACAUUCUUUUUUAUACUCAAAGAACUGUGCAGGGCAAAGCAAGUAUCUCAGAAACACAACUUCAAGCUCAGGUGCUGUCCAAACACAAUGAUAAAGAUAGAAGACUGACACUCCCCUGAAAGGAAGCAUUACUAUUUCAAUCAACUGGCUCAUCUUUUUAAAAAGCCUUUGGAGUUCACUCAUCUUGGCAGGAACAAAUACUGCUGCAGGAAUUAAUUGGAUCCACAGUCUGGAAAAGUGGGCAUCCUAUUAUGUGCAACUCUGUUCUAUGAGAUUGUAGCAGAACAUCUAUUUUUUUUAAAGACAUGUAUUUGUAAACCCUUUCCUCCUCUAAACAAAACAAAGAGUAACAGCCUCCAAUGUCUAGGACCAUUUAUCUUCUUUCAAAGAGAAAUCUAAUGUGGCAUGGAAAAGUAAGUGCAUCCUAAUGUAGGUGUACAAGCAGGAUACAAAGCCAUCAAACUAACAAUAUAUACAUUUUUGUAGAAAAGGAACAACUACGUACAGUAAAAUCCCAUUUAAUCUUUGCUCGCUUGAUAUGGUGAACAGUUGUUGCACCUCUUGGUGUAAAUAACUUAAUCAUAAUAUGCCAUCUUUCUAAACCAAUGUAAUUUGGGUAAGUGGAGUUGUACUGUACUGAAAAUAAUGUGCUCAUAAGCCUUGUUUGUUUUUUGCUGUAAGAGACACGUUGUCUUUUUCCCCCGGCAAUCAGUCCAUUCUGUUGGAGUGAACAAAUGCUGAAAUGAUCUAGAAAGCAGAAUGACACACUUCAGUUUGAGUCUCUGCUAAAAAUUACAGGAACUGUUUUUCUUUACCAUUUCUUUUUUUACACAUCUGUUAAUAAAGUCUACAUUUUCUUCUCUAAAGACUAUUGUUAUGGGAUAGCCAUGGCUUUCAAAGCUUCUGUUAUGCAGUGGCUAUCACAUGAUGAUCAAGGCAUGAAUUGGCCAUGUGAAUCCACCCAGUUUCUCCAUGGUGAGUUAGGUUUCCUGUAUUAAUGAUGACUCAUUUUCUUUUUAUCUUCUAUCAAAACAUAUCUUUUCCUAAGUGCAUAACAACUUCUAGUGUGCAAAGAACAUUCAGGGAUGCAAUAGCCAUCAAACAGAUAAGGAAUGGGCCCUAGCCAACAAUAUAUUGAAUUUCAUAACUACCUUUCCAGUCAAUUUCCCUUGCAGUGGGUGUUUAGAAUCAUAUUUGAAAGGCAGCAUUUUCUACCUAAAAUACAGCAGGGAAGUAUUCAUUUCCUUCCCUUCUCUCACCUCCAGUUCUUAGAGCCUUAGAGACAUAGUUUGCACAUUAGUGCAGAAAUCUAGCUUCAGACUGCAACAUUGUGUGUGAUUACUUUAACAUACACAUACUGUCCAUUCAGCACAAUUUUAAAUAUCAAUAAUAUGUCCACAUGGACUCAUUGAUUAGGACUGUCAUUGACUUUUUGUGAUUACCACUGUUGCAGCUCUGUGGAAAGGGCAUACUCAAAUGCAUAGGUUCAGGGUGACUGAACCACCUGCUGCUUUUGAACUAGGAAAUACUGAUUGAUACCAUAAAGCUUCUACUUUGUUCACAUAAUGAAGGUAAAGCAGAUGAAAUAGAUAUGAUUUUGUUAGGUUUGUAGCUAAGCUUGUGGGGGUGGAUUGCCACUGCCCUAUCAAGAAAGCAAAUGCUUAAUUGCUCAUAGUUAAAACUUGGAAGAAGUAACUGCAGUCUUAUUGUAAGGCCAGUGCUAUUUGACCCAGUUAAUAUAGAAGUUGAGUCUCGUAAAAGAGUAUAGAUCUACUAUUGUAAUUGUAAUAAUCAGAUGACCGUGUGUAACUGCCACUGGGUUCCUCUAUCAGAGCAAAUCAAGUGUACUUCACUAUACACUUUCAGAGAAAAGCACAGGACUUUACACAAAGUCCCAAAGAUCCUGACUUCUUUCUAUAGCUAGUUGGUCAGAAAUAUGCACUGCCAUUCCCAAAAUCAGCUUUCAAUGUACAUUGGAAAAUCUGGGGAGGGGAAGACUGCUUUUGUGCUUGCCUCCCACAAGCCAUGUGUACUGCAAGCCCAUCUUUCUAAGUCCAUUAAUAACUGCCUGAUAAAACUGAAUGACAAAAUAAUUAAAGUAAUAAUGGGCUAAGGGCUUGCCCCUUCAUGCUUUUCAUACUUUGAGCCCUAACUGGAAAUUAGUGGAGAAAAGUUAAUAUGUGGUUUUUGCAUAUAGCUGUGGGCUUGGACUGUGCUACACACCCUGGGUCUCUAGUUUGGUCUGGUAGGGAGUGGCACAGUCACAUGUAGCUUCCAAGUAUUGGAGGUACCAGGUCAGCCUACCUAACACUCUGUAAGACUUUCACUCUAGAAGCAUGCAUCAUAUAAAGCCCAACAGUUGUAGCUGCUGUCUGACAAACAGUGCAGUUAACCAAUUUAAGAUAAGCUUAACCCCUACAAAUAACAGGAGAUUUUUUCACUAGUAGUUUAACACUUGACUAGGGAGAAAAUCCAGCCUUUUAUUGAGACCAAUUUGAUGUGCAGAAAUCAGUCUUUGAAGCUUUACACAGCAUGAGAUACUAUCAGGUGCUGUUGACUGCAUAUCAAACUGAUAAAACAGGAAUGGACAACUUUUUUCAUUGAGGCCACAUUCCAUUGGAGGUAAUCCUUUUGUGGGUGGGGGUGACAAGGCAUGGAGGUUAGCAGACAUUAAGAUACUCUUCAGGAAUCUUAGAGGGAGUGCAGUGGUAUUGAUUGUAAAUUUAGACCACCACUUCUACUCUGUCUCUUUCUCUUCCUUGCUCUCUCUCUCAGACACUCACAUAUACACCUAUUUAAUUCUUUCUGCUCCACUUGCUUCUCUCUCCUGUUGCCAGUGAAGGGCUAGCUACUUCAUCAGGUAUUUCUGGCCUGCAGCAAUCCCACUUCUUUGAAGAGAACAAGAAGUCUGGAAGGCAGGUACAUGUGCAAGUUCAGACAUCUGACUUUAGAACAUGGCUGCUGGAGCAUCUUGCAAAGGACAGUUACUCUAGCUACUGCACUCCAUGAUUAGGCCCCUGUGCUCAUGCGCCUGCUUGCCUGCCUCUCCUGUUCUCGUGGGAUUGGCAGCUGUUGGUAUUGGAAAUGACUGCAUAAAGUAAGGCUGAGUUGCAGUCGUGGCCUCUGGGCCAUGACUAUGAGUUGCCUACAUCUGUUAAAGGCAGUUACAAGUAGGUGGUUAAAAAGCUGACAUGCCUACCAUUAAUACUCAUCUUCUGACUGAGUAUUGCAUUUGUUUUUUAAAAAGAGCUGACACAGAUACCUGGAGAGAAGCAGGAAAUCAAAAUGGGGGUGGGGCUGUGGGGGUGAGGCCAAUUGGUAGCCAUGAAUGCUUGAUGUUUCCCAAGCAAAUUUGGAUAGUAGUAGCCUCUCAUGUGAAUAACCGAGUGCCAUGAGAUGUGGAAAAAUGUGCAAUUGAAAAUUGUUAGGGAAGGAAAUACUUUGAACUGAGCUUGCUGUUUUCCAACACUGUGAGGUUUCUCUAAUAAUUAGCUUUUAUUUGGAAGCGAUAGCGUAUAGCAUUUUUAUGCUGUUUCUUUUAUAUCUGUCUACUGCAAGCAGUACUCUUGCUAUGCUGUGUACACUGUUUUAAAGUGUCCUGGUUGGCAGAAAGUGAAAUAAUUGACUUCUCUUGAUAGCUCUGCCUCUUGCUAUUAUAAUGGAAGCCUAAUGUAGUAAUCAGAUAACAUGUCUUCCCAUAUUUUCCUAGCCACUUUCAACUUCUUUCUUUUCAUGUGUUUACUGAAGCCUAAUUAGUCAGCCCUGAUCCUGAAAAUAUUUAUCACAAAGCAGUGCUUCACUUCCAAGAGACAUUAUGUGCUUGCAAAGUAUGAGCAAAAGCACAUCCACACUUGUUCAUCCAUGGAAAUAGUUCCAUUCAUCUUAGGGGCUAAAUGAUCCUAAACAUGCUGAUUAGGAAGUAAACCAGUUUAACUUGGUAUGGCUUAUUUCUGAAUAAACAUUUUGGGGUCAGGUUGAAAGAGUUUACACACAGGAGUAAGCUGACUACAUCUAGAAGCUGAUGCUUGUAGCUAAAACUAACCAUGAAUAAUAAAGCUGGGUGGAAUAUGGUACUUCAGGCUUUUGAAAUGAGUAUUAAGGUAGAUCAGACUUACGUAGUAUUUCAAGGUCCCAGAAUCUGUGCAAGCAGCUACUACAUAGUAGUAGCUAAUUCUCAAAGUUUGGAGCACUUUCGUUAUCACUUCCUUUCACUGAGGACAGGGCUACAUAGUGCAGUUGCUGAAAUAGCAUCACAUGGUCAAAUGUUCCCCCCCCUUAUUUCAUUUAGGCAAAACAAACUGUUUUAUAUUACAUAUUGCAUUUCCUUUCCCCCACCCAUGGGAAGACACAUGAUGUCAUUAGAUGGGUGUGCCUAAUGUUUCUGAGCACAGGAGAAAAUGCCACAUGACCUUAUUUUCAACAACAGCUACAUGUUGUGUUAAUAAGUAGUCUUACUGUGAGUCUCCGCAAGCCUAGUCUUUAAAACAGAGAUGGAAUCAUGCAGAGGAGAACCAUCCUCUGUGUGUCAGAAUAAAGACACAGGAAGACAGAGACCUAUUUACUCACUUUUCCUUGUAUAUACAGCAUCUUGAACCAGCAUUAUCUAAUUUGUUCAAAUCUGUGGGGAAAGGGGGGAAAAGUAAUGGCAUUGUUAUGUAUCAGAGGCCUACUGUAGGCAUGGGGAUAUUACUACUAAUCAAGUGGAUUAAGGGAAUAUUCAAGCACACUACUCUAUUGAACUGCAAAGUUGACCUGUGCAUAUGCGUGUGCUCCCUCCCUCCCUCGCUCUCUCUUUCUCUGUUGCUUUUGAACUGUAGGCAUUUUUGUUCACUUCAGGGAAAGCUUAAUAUGCCCACAAGUUAAAACAUACGAAUAAAAUUGGUAUUAAAUGUGUCCCAUGGACUCAAAAAGCGACUUUUAAAAGCAUACAUGUUAUCUCUUUGAUACAGAGGCCUCUUUCUGAUUGUAAAGUUCCAUUAUGCUAAUAUGUUGUGUGCCACAUAUGUCUGAGAGAAAAUAAGCAAGUUAUGAAUGUCAGCAAAUAAUCCCUAACACAAGCUGCAGCCGCAUUUCAACAGUAUUGCUGACUGAAAGUAAUUUAUAUGACUGGGGUGAAAGUUGGGGAUGGGAUUAGUUUUGCCUACUGAUAAAGCUUUGUGAACAGUUUUUUAAAGAUAAAAAAUUGGUGCCUUGUACCUAAAGAUGUUUUGCAUGGGACACAAGUUUUCAGUUCCUCCCUUCCAAAUCUGUGUCUUUACAAUACUUUAGUAGCAUUGGAGUUUUUACAUUUCAUAUCUGUAUGUGAAUGGGAAAAAAGUUCCUACCAGCAACUUGAUGUAUUCUAUUGUAUUUGUCUAAAGACUAUUUCUAAUAAUGCAAAUUAUUUGCCCAAAAGUAGUUCAUAAUUUUGGUUUGUGUGUUAAAUCUUUGUCAGUAAAAUCUUUUUCAAAUUAGGAUUAGUCUUUCUUAAGCAAGUACUUCAUAACUAUUAUGUGAAAGAUAAAAAUACCUGGAUCAUCCUAUUGACAGAGCAGUUUGGAAAAGGCUAUUAUAUUACUGACUGGUGCCUUGCAAGUCAAAAGUUCUCUUGUAUCAUAAUAUUGCUUCCCCCAUCUUUAGUCAAUCAUAUCUUCAUGCAGAUAGACCUGCAAUAUUAAAUAUGCAUUGCAUGAUAUGCAUAGUUGCUUGAGGCUAAAGAUCUACAUAAGUGAUUAACAGAAUUUAAAGUCUAUUGAAUAUUUUCAUGACACUAGACCAAGGGUAUCAAAAAUUUAAAAUAUAUGUUCUAAAAUACAGCACUUUGAUUAGGAUGAGGCAUGGGCACUGUUGCAUUCUUUCAGUAUGCAUUCUUUCAGUAUGCAUAUUCUGAAGGACAUCAUUGAAUACUGACUACUUAAGAGUACAGAACUGUGAUUAUGGAACCUAUUGCUGCAUAGAAAGUAUGGAUUGAAUUGUAUUAUUCAAAUGAAGUGUAGGUUGAAGCUAGGGAAGGGAAAUUCUUGCCAGCAGCAGCAAAGUACUGUGACACAUUGUGGGACUUCAUUUAUAGAAAUCAUUUUUAUACAAAAGCUGUAAAAUGUUUUAGUACUAUCAACUGAAAAAUCAGCCAGGGUUGCCAAAUUCUAAAAGUAAGGCUAGCCUCUCCCACCCAGCUCUUGUCCAGUUCUUCCAUCCUUCCUUCCAUUACCUGGUGCCCGGCUCUGCAACCAGGAGAAACAGGUACAAGAAACCUGAGCUAUCUAAAGAUAAAACCAUUCAUGGGAUUACAAUCUAGCAAGCUUGAAUCAAGCAGUGUAUCUUGUAGCAUUUAUCCUCUUUGAAUUCCAAAGUAUUCCUUAAAAGCACCAAUAGACCAGUGAGGCAAUUUUAUGGUUGAAAAUGCGUUAAAACUGAAUACAGAACAGGGCAUUUUGACACUAAGUAUUGCCAGUUCUUCUGUAUUAAAAAAGACAAGAACUGUUUUGUGACUUAGAAAGCAGCAUGAAAAAUCCCUUUGGAAAGGCCUCGUAAUAUUGUUAAGAACUCUGCUGUUGAAGAUAGAAUUCUGGUAAAGUACUCUGAGAAUUCAUUCUUAACAGACAGUUGAGGGAGAGGACCUGUCAACCUGAGAGGCAGGCUUGUGAGGAAACAGAAGCAGCAUGGACUGCCAGAUGUACAACUCUGCAACUACACAGCUCCAAGCAUGCAGCCUCCCACUGCACAUUCAUAAUCACAUCUAGUUUCACUCCUCCUAAGUCAGUGCUCCACAUGGCAGACUCUUGCUUCCCAAUGCCCUACCCUGCCAACUGCUGGUAGCAAAGGUGUUCCUAACAAUAUGGAAUAAGAUACAAGAACAGGCUUCUUGUGGUUCUUAAAAGCCAAUCUUGGUGUUACUUUUGGCCAAUGGCCAGAGGUUAAAGGGAUUGUAGUGUAAAACAUCUGGAAGGCACCAGAAUGCCUACCCCUUCCUUACCGAAUGACAAAAUUGCAGUAGUUGAGCGCUUUUGCUUGGUGCAGUUUUCAAAGGCAAUAAUAAUUAAUAUACAUCUUAAAUGCAGGUAAUCCUCUUUUAGCUCAAGUUCAGAUAUACCAAACAUACAUGUGUAAACCUAAACAAACAAGGAAACAUGUACAUUCCAAUGCCAUCAGUUGAACUUUUUUUGUAACGAUACAGAAUGCAAGUCUAAGCCUAAAAACAAGAGAUAAACUCGUCACCUGCUUUUCCAGUUAUUGUUAAACUGUUCUUUAAACUGAUACCUUCUAAAAAGUAACAAUUUACAACAGUCAGACCUGUCUCAGUGAAAUCUUCAUUAACUUGCAAAAGCUCUCCAACCAUAUUUUUUCAUUGCUCAAUCAUUUUAGUGCAGUUUUUGAUGUCUGUUACAGCUUUCUUUUUGGGUCAGUCUUUUAAAGUGAUUGUAGGUCUACUACUUAUUUGCAGGGGGCUUCAGGGCAAAGUUGCCUUACUUUUGCUUUUGGCUACUUCUUGUGUGGUGGUGCUCAAAUAGACACACCCACACACUUGCAACAGAUAGGACAGCCUUUGCUUUAAAAGUGUAUUGUAAGAUGGUAGUUAAUGAAGGGAAGACAGACCCAUGAAUGAUUGAUAUUUCAUCAAUGAACUGCAUGUAUGAUAUUGACACACAGUUACUAAUCUUUUACAUACUGAGCUAGGUUUAAUAGUUUACAAAUCCUAAGAGCUGCAUUAUAAAGUGGCACAAAGUUGGAAGUUAGAAUUUUCUGUCAAAGUUAGGAACAAACUAAGUCCUGCUCUAACUACAUCAUCUUAUGAUCUGCCUAAGACUAUACUUUCCAAAAUUUGGGUAGAUGUCAUACCCAUAGAAUUAAUGCUCUAAUUUCCCCUUAGGAGCAACUGAAACACUUAGACUGUGGUUUCUCCUUUUGUUUCAACUAUCUUUUAUCCCCACAUCUAAAGAAGAGAUGGCGCUAAUGAUGAACAUCAUUGUAUUGUAAAAACAAAGACUAAAAGCCCAUUGUAGCAGCAGUGGAGUUUUUCUGCAAGAGGGACAGAAUUCCAACACUUACUUUUUAAAAAAUCAUAUACUACUAGCAAAUGGGUUCCUGUUAACUUCAGAGGCAUCAUAGAGCAGACCAAGGCACCAAAAUGCUAUGCAACACCAAACAGUUCCUUUUCCACAUGGAAUAUACAAUCAUAAUUCACAGCACCAGACAAGCAUUAUGUUGGCUGAAAACAGUCCACAAUUAAGGCUCAUCUAGAACUUUAAACAUGUAUUUUCCCUUUGAAUAAUUAACAUGGCCUACUUAAACACAGGACUGGGGGGCUUGUUACUACUUUUAUGUGUGAAAUAUAAAUCAUGUUUUUAUGAUUUUUGUAAAUCUCUACUCUUUUUACCUUGUUUUUGUAAGCUGAAAUUUCCUAUUAAAAAGAAAAGUCCAUUGUA